AUGAAUAUGUUGGAUGAUGAAGAUGACCAAAGCUUUCACGCUACGCGUGACGGCUACUCCCACUUAAGCGAUAUCGAAUGGGAUGCGGUUGAACGGAUGGGUUCGACCAUGGGCAUACAUGCUGUUAGCGUCAUGCUAGAGGCUCUCAACAGAGAUGCCCAACAUGCUACUAUCGCCAAGUUCAUUCAAAAUGAACUUGACGCUGAACGCGAGAAAGUAGCCUUGCUUCACCAACAAGGUUCUCAACAAGCGGAGUUGUUGAGAGAACAGGGUGCUCAACAGUUUGAACUGUUGAGACAGCAGCAGGCUGCUGCUGGCGGGUCGAUGCACUCGCGUCGACCCGAAACCUUGAAGAUUGACAUCUCCAAGGCGCGUCGCAUCGACGACGGGGAUAUGCAAGUUGCAUUUGCCCAGUCAAAUCUGGCAGGACGUGCCAAGACUUGGGCACUGGGGCUCAAGUUGCACGACCCAUAUGCGUUUGGGUCGUUGGAAGUCUUCAAGUCGCGGCCCAGACAAACGUUUGAACCGCCUACAGCUGAGUUCAGAGCUCGAACCGAACUCUUGAAGCUCAAGCAGGGUAAGCGUGAUGUGCACGCUUACGCCCAACAUAUACGACAUCUUACGAGUUGUAUAAGUUCCAAUCCGGUGGAUGAACACACGUUGGUUUCGGUGUUCAUGCAGGGUCUUGCGGAUGGUCCCAUCAUGACUCACCUGUUCCGGCUUGAGCUAGAUUCACUAGAACAAGCCAUUUCCAUUGCGGAGCAGGAAGACUUCAGUCUGAGACAGGCUCGCGCCAGCUCGACAUCAUAUCGUCAACCGAGACGAUAUGACAACGGAGGUCCAGAGCCGAUGGAACUCUGUUAUGUAGAGAGCGAGAAGGUUCGCUCUACAGGCUACAAGAAGUUGCAGAGAUGCAACAGAUGUCAGAAGACAGGACACUACGCUUACGAGUGUAGUGCCCCUCGUCCAGUGUCUCGCGACACUGGGCGUAGUGACCGUCCACCCAUGCGAAAGGGGCAGGGGCGAGGGUCCGCAGUUGGUGCAAAGACGCAACAACGGGAUGGACCGUCAAAAAACGGACAGGAUCAGUAG